ACAGCAGUGAGAGGCCCGCGUAUCACACACACACACAAAAAAACAACCCUAAGUAGGGGAAAGGUUGAGGCGUUAGGUGUUGCAGUUUGGUAUUUUAUAAGUAGAGACACAGUGGAAACAACCUCUAAUCCCCAAUGAUACACCUAAUGAUAAAAGUAAUAAUACCUUUUUUGGAGCCGAAGGGUUAUAUUUCUUUAAACCGUCACAAAACCGUAUGAAACUAAUAUUCCCAUUCCACGGAUGGACAACUGGAACUCAGGUUUAAAAAAAAAACUUUUUGCUGAAGGAACACAUUCGCUCAUACAGUUUCAGAAUGUCAAGUACUGUGUCCUACUGGAUUUUCAAUUCUGCAAGAAACAGCAUUGCCACAUUACAAGGGGGACAACGUUUAUAUUCAAGAUAUGCCUCAAAUAGGAUUAAAUCAAAAUGGAGGCUCUUUCCCCAGGGGCCAGUCACCCUAAAAAACAAUGCCUCAUGUGGUGGCAUUGCUCUGCAGAAAGCCUAUAGACACACAUCAACAGAGGAAGAUGAUUUCCACUUGCCGCUCAGCCCUGAGCAGGUAAAUGAAGUGCUGCGAGCCGGUGAGUCGGCCCACAAGAUUCUUGACCUUGUCGGUGGAGUCCCAAGUUCGGUGUUGCGGUUUGAGAGCAACCAGCUGGCUGCCAAUUUCCCAGUGGAGGACCGGGGAGGUGUAGCCGCCUGCCUGCAGACCAAUGGGCUGAUGUUUGGUGUCUUCGAUGGACAUGGGGGCCACGCAUGUGCUCAAGCGGUAAGCGAGAGGCUCUUCUACUAUGUGGCAGUGUCACUGAUGUCCCAGCAGACGCUGGAGCAGAUGGAGGGGGCGAUGGAAAGCAUGAAGCCCCUGCUGCCCAUUCUGCAGUGGCUCAAGCACCCAGGGGACAGUAUCUACAAGGAUGUCACGUCAGUGCACCUUGAUCACCUCCGUGUCUACUGGCAGGAGCUGCUGAACCUGCACAUGGAAAUGGGGCUGAACAUUGAGGAAGCAUUAAUGUACUCCUUCCAGAGGCUGGAUUCUGACAUCUCGCUAGAGAUCCAGGCCGCCCUGGAAGAUGAGAUGACCAGGAACCUUUCACUCCAGGUUGCUUUCUCAGGGGCAACAGCUUGCAUGGCCCAUGUCAAUGGAGUUCACUUGCAUGUGGCAAACGCUGGUGACUGCCGGGCCAUCCUUGGUGUCCAGGAGGACAAUGGCAUGUGGUCUUGUCUGCCCCUCACCCGGGACCACAAUGCCUGGAACCCAACCGAGCUGUCACGGCUAAAGAGGGAGCAUCCUGAGUCAGAGCACAGGACAAUCAUCAUGGACAACAGGCUGCUGGGUGUCCUCAUGCCCUGCAGGGCCUUCGGGGACGUCCAGCUGAAGUGGAGUAAAGAGCUGCAGCGCGGUGUCCUGGAGCGGGGCUUUGACACCGAGGCCCUCAACAUUUACCAGUUCACCCCCACACACUACUACACUCCACCUUACCUGACGGCCAGGCCUGAGGUCACAUACCACAGGCUGAGGCCCCAGGAUAAGUUCCUUGUGCUGGCCUCUGAUGGCCUGUGGGAUGUGCUGGGCAAUGAGGAUGUGGUGAGGCUGGUGGUGGAGCACCUGGCUGAAGUGUGUCGGCACAAGCCAGAUCUGGCCCAGAGACCCGCCAACCUGGGACUCAUGCAGAGCCUGCUGCUGCAGAGGAAAGCCCAGGGGCUCCACGCCACCGACCAAAACGCAGCCACACGUCUGAUCAGAUACGCCAUAGGGAGCAACGAGUACGGGGAGACGGAGCCUGAGCGGCUGUCGGCGAUGCUGACAUUGCCGGAGGACUUGGCAAGGAUGUACAGGGAUGAUAUCUCUGUCACUGUGGUAUAUUUUAACUCAGACUCGAUUGGUGCAUCUUACAAGGGGAGUUAAGAGUCUCCCAUCCUGUUGCCAAGGUUAACUUAAAUGCUCUUCUAAGACAUUUUCACUUACUCUUAAACUGGCUAUUUAGACCUUGUUGUUAAAGGGCAGGCAGAUGUAGCUUGCUUAAUAAUAGACUAACGUGACAGAAAAAACAGCCUAGGAUUAAAAACAAUAGUAGUGAUUUUAUGUCCCUGCAUGUUUUGGUCACCUCUUCUACGCAGAAAGGGUGGAACACAGAGACCGUAGACUUGGCUGGGGCUCGUGUAACCCAAGUCCUUUUAUAAAUACACUGUUGUUAAACUGUGUCAGCCUGAGCCUGCGAAGUAUAAAAUUAAUCAUGAUUCUAAGGAUAUGAAGAAGUUCAGGAUCUUAUGAGGUCUUGAUACAAAAAUCUGCAAAGUUGGUAAUUCUCAAUUCGUAAUCAUGGCCUUCUAGACUAUGAAGGGAGGUUUUGUUUGUUUUUUAUUUUGAAGUUCCUAAAGACCUAGGUUUACAAAGCAUAUUACAGGACACUUUUCUAUGCAAUAUUCUAACUUUUUUGUGUGUAUGAUUUUACUUGUGAAAACAUUUUGUAAUGCUGCAUUCUAGUUCUGAUUUAGUUUAUUUUAAAAUUGAGUCCUCAAACUUGCAAA